UUUAGAUCGAGCCGCCCCAAGAUCAAUGCUAAAAGGGUCGGUGGGGUGGUGGGUUUCAGCCACGACUUAAGCCUUCUAUGACGACAAAUUAGUUACAGCGGGUAUGGACUGUGAAGUUUGGUCCGUUUGCAUUCACUACAUGCCGCGUUUCCAAUGCCCCUUCCAGAUGCCAACGAGUCGGUCACUUGGUAGUUGCAAACCCCCUUCUUCAACCAAGGCAUCUUCAAUGUCUCCUGAACACCGUCCUACAACAAAAGGCAUGGAUACUGAGCAUGGAUAUGAGGACGAAGUCGAGGCCGCCUCUUCAUCAUCUUUGCAGGCCACCUCUCAAAGAGCUUGUGAUACCUGCCGCGCCCGGAAGAUUCGCUGCAAUAGAGAACGCCCAUGCUCACAUUGUGUGAGUAACAAUGUCGAAUGUACACAAACCGAUAUCAUUAGACCACGGAUCAAACACAAACGAGUUUUGUUGACUUCACAAUAUGAGCAGAAGAUUGACCAAAUUGACUCCCGUCUUAACGAAGCUAUUGGUCUGCUCAAAGGCCUCCACGAAACACUCAAGACUAGCCCCGGUGCGCCCUAUAUUAUUACGCCAAAACCUACUAGCAUGUUCCGUUCAACAGAGCCAAAAUCUAGUUCCAUAACGGUCGUUGAAGGAGAGUCUUCGCUUGCUGCCCAAUUUUCCUUUGCGGAAGAUUUUAUACGGAAGGUUGCGAAGACUGACCCCCUUCAAACCUCUGGCUUGGAAAUGGGGGAGAGCCUUGAGAACCUUUCUCAGAUAGUAGCUGCUUACAAGCAACAACUUGUCUCCGAAGAAACGAACUACCCCAACGCUCGACCUACUAAACGCCCAUGCCUCCAUACGUGGGAGUUGCCUCCGAUAGAAGAAAGUGUUGCGGUAAUUCGUGUUGCCAAAUCCCAACGCCUCGCCGGAACAGGUUGGAUUUACGAAUAUCUACCGAUGAACCAGUUCUCAACGAUUUGUCUCGACGUCUAUUUCACCGAACACUAUUCUGAAAUGGAUUUCAUUAUUGUCAACGCCGGCCUUCAUUCGAUGUUCAAAGACUACAGCACAAUAGUCAUUGAGGACGAAAGGGAACGUUGUGAAAGGCACGCUCUCUUAUGCUGUGCCAACCUCGAGACAGCGCUUUCCAAUUUGCCGUUGCACAUGCCUCCUAUACCAAAAGCAAUCAUUGCUCUGCUUUUUGGUGCUUUUCAUGCCAUCGAGCUCUCGAAGCCUUUUUUGGCCUGGACCCUGUCUUCAAAAGCGUCAGAGAUAUGCCAAACAUUAGGAUAUCACCAAGAAUCUUCCCUCAAGAGCGGAAGGGAAGAAGAUGAUCGUUUCACGAAAUUUCUUUUCUGGAGCAACUACUUCGUUGACAAGAGCCUGUCGCUCCGCUUGGGCCGGGCGUCAACACUUCCGGAGUGGACAAUAACCGUCACUAGGCCGUCAUUUAUGGAUUCCCAUCCAGAGCCCGCAUUAGCCUACUUCGUGUUAUGGGUGGAAGCUGCCCGAUGUCAGGGAAAGAUUUACGAAUUGCUCUACAGUCCAGAUUCAGUCGGGCAACGAGACGAAGAACGGACAUCACGAGUCAAGAGUCUCAUCUCUGACCUAGAGAACCUGGACAAAGCGACCUCAGAAACAAACAAAAAAUGGAUAAAAACCGCGGCCGAUACCGCCGGGCAAGACUUGAUGGACUUUUACGAAACAUCGGAUGAGACGUUGCGUCUUUCACUACUCACAUUAGUCCAUCGAGCUGCGCCCCAAGAUCUUGGAUCUUCUAUGACAUUCAGUCCCGAUUGCGUCAACGCUGCGCGAGCGACCAUUGAAAAGCAUAAGGACUGCAUAGCUGUCAUGAAAAGGAGUGGGGAUACAUACUUCCCAGCAUACUUCCAAUGGACUCUUUUGUUUGCGCCGUUUGUGCCAUUUGUCGUGCUUUUUUGUCACGUUAUUGAAACCGUCGACCAAGCAGACCUUGGUCGCCUUGGUGAAUUCGUCGCGUCUAUAAAAGAUGCUGCUUGUGUUUCAAGUGCUGCGACUCGAGUACAUCACCUAUUCAAUGCUCUUCAUGGUAUUGCAUUGCGCUACAUUGAAUAUCGAUCUGUCCAAUCUUAUGACAACCAGCCACAGAGCGACCCCGAAAUCGACUGGGUGCUUGCCACUCUGGCGCUUCCACCAAGCUGGGAUGAGGGCGGUAGCCAGCAAUUUCAAGAAGGCGGGUCAAAUAUUCUCAGAGGCAAUGCGGUUGUGGACAAUCGACAUUGUGACGCAACAACCUUGGAGGAAACAAGCAUUGGAGUUAGCGAAAAUCGUUCAUUGAUGCGAAUGGGACACCAAAUGGAGUUGGAAUCUUGGUUCUAUAACAGUGAGGCCAUGACGGGGAUUUUGAAGCAAUAUGAGACUAAGUCCACUGAGGAAAGCUAGACAGAUCUACUUUAAUGGAGUGACAGAAUGGUCCUCGAAUACGAAGACGUAUGAGUAUGAAUGUGGGCUUUCGAUGGGUCUGGUGUGAGAUUGUCCAAGAAAGUGGCUCAUCGUAUGGUCCUGUUGUGUUGGACGCGGAGCACUCAGCCAAAGCAGAUGUGAGGCAGAAGGUUCUUGCCGUCUCUGAGGCGAAGUGGAUCACGCCCGCCGAAUGCCGUGAGCGGACGGACUCCAUCGCCAAAUGUAGGGAUUAGAGGGUAUGGUAUUUGUUCUAUGUGCUUCUCAUUGAAAGGACAGACAAGAGAAGGGAGAGAGUCGACGUUGGAAAGGUAUUCAUUGAGGCUUUCCUUAGCUUACAGAGAAAUAUCAUGCUUACAUUCUCAGUCAGCAUUCUUAUAUCUCUCUGUGGUCUGCGGAUGCACAAAUGAAAGACACAGUGGUA